AUGGUCCAACCAGUCGAAACUAAACUAAAUACGCUCUCCACGUUUCGGCCCGAGUUUACAUAUCCAAUAUUUGGUGAGGAGGAAACAAUAUUCGGUUACAAGGGAUUGAACAUCCGAAUGCGCUUCUCCGCGCAUGAUCUCCGGUUAAACGUACAUAUUUCGUACAAUGAGAAGUUCAAGACUGUUGCAGAUGUCGCUCCGGUGGAUUUAUUGACGACCUUGGAUCCCUGGCUCCCGAAAUCUUCGUUCGUGCCAGUAGAGGAGUUUGAACAAUCUGUUCUCAACGAUGAAGCUGCGAAGGACUUUAAACCCCCGGGCAAGCUUGUUCACAGCUAUUCAAGCAAGCAGAGGAAUUAUGAGAUCUGGGCGGGUUCUUUAGUCGACCCGGAAGUUCGCACACUGCUCGACCGGAUACAAAUAUUUGUUUCCUUUUUCAUUGAGGGAGGCAGGCCCAUCGCAACGGAUGAUUUAGAAUGGACCCUUCAGAGAUGGACGGUCUAUUUUGUUUACGAGAAGAUAGACCCUCCAACUCCUACCACGCCAUCAUACUCGUUUGUAGGAUACGCAACAACUUAUCGAUGGUACUUCUACCUCCACGAACCCAGCAACUCCAACAACCAUAAAAUCACCGACAUUCCCUUCCCAUACGCUGAGGAAAUCUCCAUCUCCAAACUCCCCGCACGCCUCCGCAUCGCCCAAUUCCUCAUCCUCCGUCCCCACCAGCAAUCCGGCCACGGCUCCCAACUCUACCACACAAUCCACUCGGCUUGCCUCGCCGACCCCACUCUACACGAACUCACGGUCGAAGACCCCAACGAAGCCUUCGACUACCUCCGCGACACAAACGACUACAAAACUCUCCUCCCAGAAUUCCUCAAACAUAACAUUACCAUAAACGCCAACCCAUACCCACCAGAAGACAACAAUGCCAAUAACGGCCAAAACAAUGAUUCAAAGAAAGCCCGCCGCUCUCGCCGUCCCCGCUUCAUGCCAACUUCCACCCUCCUCCCAACCGCCACCCUCCACAGCCUUCGCAUCCAGUACAAGCUCGCCCCAGUCCAAUUCGCGCACAUCGUCGAAAUGUACCUCCUCAGUCAAAUCCCUGCAUCCCACCGCGGCAGUGGCAUAGGUAUGGGCGCUGGUGAGGCAGCCCCAACUAGCACACCCACGGCACGCCUUCUUGUACAGAAGUGGCGCGCAUCCAACGAGGAUGAUCGGCGGUAUUACUGGUGGCGCAUGCUUGUAAAGCAGCGGUUGUAUAAGAGACAUCGGGAUUUGUUGAUCCAGCUGGACAGGGCAGAGCGGUUGGAGAAGUUGGAGGAGACGGUGGGGAAUGUGGAGGAGGGAUAUGAUGGGUUGCUCAAGGCGUUUGAAAAUAGGGAAACACAGGAGGGGGGGGAUGGAGACGUUGGACGGGGAGAGGAUAGGCCCGCAAGGAAGAGGGGGAAGCGGAAGUUUACUGUGUUUGAGGAUGAGGAUGAGGAGAGUGAGGAUCAGGAAGGUGAGGAUAAGGAUAGUGGUGAAGCGGGAAUGGAAGGUGGAGUGGGGAAUGGGGAUGCGAAGAAGAAGAAAAUUUGA